AUGGUGCUAGGGAUAGUCAUGAUGACGGCCAUGGUGCCGACCAUUAUCGGACUAAAUGAGGCCACUAAAGGCACUCGUGAUCAAGAGAACAACCGGAAGGAUACAGCGCGCAAGCAGAGAUGUCACCUAGUGGCUAUGUGCGAACUCAACAAGGGAACUCAGACCCAGCGUGAACAGGUUCACAAUGCUCGUGUAUAUGUGGGGCGAGACGGGAAUCUUUAUAUCACCAAACAACCCAGCUCCGCCAUGUCUCUCUUCAAUGGCGGCUUCUACAAACACCCGGAUUUCCCCCCGGAUAAUACAUCCGGCAUGGUGACUAUCACUGGCGAACAACCACCCACUUUGCGCUGGGUGUUCCUAGAUGUUAACACGUAUCAGAUGCGAUGGGGUGGGCGUCCGGACAGUGAGGGCCACGUGUGUGGGCCCUUUGACUGGACGAAAGACGAACAGUGUAUAACGCUUGACGGGUGGGAGGGAUGGCUGGCUGUCAGGUUACCUGAAGAUGAAAUGCGGGAUCAAGCGGAGGCAGAACUCGAGAUCGGCGAUGGUCGCGAGAUUUGGCGCCUGUAUUUUGACCAGAAUGAUGACGGGGCCGAUCUGCCGCCCGGUUCCCAGGGUAUAGAAAUCCGUCUCAAGCGAGUUACGGCAGAGUCAUGA